AUGGGUGAGCUUGAGCCUUGGAUCGAUGAGAACUUUAUCCGUAGCGUCUGGUUCGGUAUGGGCGAGCAGGUCAACGUCAAGAUGAUCCGUGACAAGUUCUCCGGAAGUAAUGCUGGCUACUGCUUUGUCGACUUCUCCAGCCCUGCUGCCGCUGCCAAGGCCCUCGGCCUGAAUGGCUCUAUUAUCCCCAACACCAACCGCCCCUUCAAGCUUAACUGGGCUUCUGGUGGUGGUCUCGCUGAUCGCAGCCGUGAUGACCGUGGUCCCGAGUUCUCCAUCUUCGUUGGUGACCUCGGCCCUGAGGUCAACGAGUAUGUUCUGGUCUCCCUCUUCCAGAGCCGUUUCCCUUCGUGCAAGUCUGCCAAGAUCAUGACCGACCCUAUCUCUGGCAUGUCCCGCGGCUACGGUUUCGUUCGUUUCUCCGAUGAGGGCGAUCAGCAGCGUGCUUUGACCGAGAUGCAGGGCGUCUACUGCGGUAACCGCCCCAUGCGCAUCUCUACCGCCACCCCCAAGAACAAGGGUGGUGCUGCGGCUCACGCCGCAAUGGGUGGCAUGCCCGGUGCUGGCGGCCCUCUUGGCAUGUACUCCAUGGGUGCCCCCCCCAUGGGCUACUACGGCGCUCCCCAGCCCAUGAACCAGUUCACCGACCCCAACAACACUACCGUCUUUGUCGGCGGUCUCUCUGGCUAUGUUACCGAGGAUGAGCUUCGCUCUUUCUUCCAGGGCUUUGGCGAGAUCACCUACGUCAAGAUUCCCCCUGGCAAGGGCUGCGGUUUUGUUCAGUUUGUCCAGCGUCACGCGGCUGAGAUGGCUAUCAACCAGAUGCAGGGCUAUCCCAUUGGCAACUCCCGCGUCCGGUUGAGCUGGGGUCGUAGCCAGAACAACUCUGGCCCUGCUGGCACUCCCUACCGCCCGGCUCCCCCGCCGCCGGUCUAUCCCUCAAUGGGCAUGCCUCCUUCGCACCCCUACGGCAACUUCGCUCCCCUCAAGGUGAGUGGGAAUCGUACCCCCCUCUGGCGUGAGUCACUAACGGGUGUUGACAAUAGUAAGCAUUUUUCACCCUUUUGA